GAGUUCGUUUGCUUUUGUCAUAUUGCAUGCGGGGUCGAUGAAUACCUAAGUAAUUAGUCUUCCUUUGGAUGGGGAAGCCUAAUGGCCCAUAUCCCCAAGAUUGAUGCUCCGAGGCAAUGCCAUCCGUUUCUCAGCUCAUUAUGAAAAUUCUACAAUACUUGUUUCCGUUGUGCUUGGUUCUAUUGCAAGUGCAAAGCAGAGCCAUAUGGUCUAGUCAACCUGCAUUAUGGAGCGACAUUAUCAGACAAGCAUACCCCAUUGGAAAUGGCCGUCUGGGAGCAAUGCCAUUUGGUCCUCCUGGAGAUGAGUCGCUUGUUUUGAAUAUAGAUUCACUUUGGUCAGGUGGGCCUUUCGAGAACUCGUCGUAUACUGGAGGAAAUCCUACUGACGAGAAGUCACAAUACCUGCCUGGAAUUCGCCAAUGGAUCUUUCAGAAUGGCACAGGAAACGUCUCAGAAUUACUCGGAAAUGAAGAUAAUUAUGGUUCUUACCAAGUUUACGCAAACUUGUCUAUUACCAUUGAUAGUAUAGUAGCCGGCAGUAAUUAUCGCAGAUCUCUCGAUUUCGAGACUGGGCUUCAUGUCACAAGCUACACUGCGAACGAUGGUAACAACUACACAUCAACGGUAUAUUGUUCAUACCCAAAUGAGGUUUGCGUUUAUCACUUGUCUUCCAGUGCAGCAUUGCCAGAAGUGACGAUCACCUUGGAGAAUCAACUGGUAGAUUCAUCACUUAUCAACAUGACCUGUGGAAACCAGUAUGCCCGACUGUCCGGUGUCACGCAGCUUGGAGCACCAACUGGUAUGAAAUUUGAUGGUAUGGCUCGCCUCUACACGAGGACUGGAACGGCAGUGUGCGACGAUGCCUCUGGGGCUUUGACCAUUCCAGCUAAUUCUCACAUCCGAGAGUUCACGCUUGUGAUUGGAGCUGGGACAAACUACGACCAGACGAAAGGCAAUGUAGAAAACAACUUCUCGUUCAAAGGAGAGGAUCCUGCUACAUACGUGGAAACGGUCACUGCUGACGCUGUUGCACAAAAGGAGGGCGAUCUAAGAGCAGCACAUACAGCAGAUUAUCAGAAUCUGAUGAGCCAGUUCACUUUGGGUCUUCCGGACAUUGCUGGCUCUGCCGAUCUAGAGCUUUCAGAAAUGCUAGACCGCUACGCAGGAACCGACAGCAGUGAUCCAUAUCUCGAGUCUCUUCUCUUUACCCUUGGGCGCCAUCUUUUCAUCUCAUCUGAACGUGAAAAUAGUCUACCAACCAAUCUCGCAGGCCGUUGGAGCGAGACAGUGACAGCAGCUUGGAGCGCAGACUAUCAUUCUAACAUCAAUUUCCAAAUGAAUCAUUGGGGCGUCGACCAGACCGGUCUUGGAGAUCUUCAAGGAGCAUCUUGGAACUACAUACAAGAUACUUGGGUUCCUCGGGGUACGGAGACUGCUCAGCUGUUAUAUGGAGCUCCAGGAUGGGUAGCUCAUGAUGAGAUGAAUAUCUUCGGUCAUACUGGGAUGAAAGACACUGCACAGUGGGCCAACUACCCCGCCAGUGCAGCUUGGAUGAUGCAGCAUGUUUAUGACCACUUUAGUUAUUCGCAGAACGCUACUUGGUUUGCUGCUCAAGGCUACCCGUUGAUGAAGGGCAUUGCCGACUUCUGGUUGUCUCAACUUCAACCCGACACUUACUUCAACGAUGGGACAGUGGUAGUGAAUCCAUGCAACAGUCCAGAACAUGGACCUACCACAUUUGCAUGCACACAUUACCAGCAACUUCUUCCCCAGCUCUUCACCAACAUUCUCUCUUCCAUCUCUUUAAUACCAGACCUCGAACCAGACACAAAGUUCAUUGCCAACCUUACCCAAUCUCUCUCAAUCUUAGACAAAGGACUGCACAUCGGCUCCUUCAACGAGAUCAAAGAAUGGAAAAUCCCCGACUCCCUAGGCUACGAUUUCCCCAACGACACGCACCGUCACCUCUCACACCUCGUUGGCUGGUACCCUGGCUACAGCAUCUCCUCAUUUCUAUCCGGCUACACAAACACCACCAUCCAAUCCGCGGUUCGCACAUCUCUCAUCUCCCGCGGCAACGGCACUGGACCCGACGCCGAUGCGGGCUGGGAGAAAGUCUGGCGGUCAGCCUGCUGGGCUCUUCUAAACGACUCUCAAAUGGCAUAUGGAGAACUUCACUAUGCUAUUGAAAGGAAUUUUGCGGAUAAUGGAUUGAGUAUGUAUUCAGCGCAUAAUCCGCCGUUCCAGAUUGAUGCGAAUUUUGGAAUAGUGGGGGCGGUGUUGGCGAUGCUUGUUGUGGAUUUGCCGGGUAGAGAGGUCGUUCUUGGGCCCGCGAUUCCGAAGGUGUGGGGUGGAGGAAGUGUGAGGGGGUUGAGGAUUAGAGGCGGAGGUAUGGUAGAUUUUGACUGGGAUGAAGGAGGUGUGGCGAGGAGUGCUAAAGUUGUGGGGAGAGAUGAGGGGAAGGGUUUGAGAGCUGUGAAUGUGGAGGGAGGGGUAUUGCUAAAUGUUUGA